CAGAGUGGAGUUUUCCAGCCCUUUUAAUCUGUAUAUGACGGCCUCUUAUCGUUUUACUACCUGUUCCCCUCAGAGUAGGGUGCAUGCGAGUCUUUUUUCCCUUUUUCCCGGGUAAAUGAUUUGAUUAGGACAGGGUGCGGCCGUUUUGUUGGUGCGCAUGCCCAGAGAGGCAGUGGGCGGGGCGCAGGCUUUUCUUGACUAGGUUAAGCUCAAAUGAGCUGAGGGAAGCGAAAAGUGAAAGGAAGAGGAAAAGCCAUUCAUCAUAAUAGCUAACACUUGCUUUGUGUUGUACUCUGUGAAAAACUUUACGUGCCUUAUCCCCCACAAACCAAAAGCGUGAAUAAACUGCUUGUUAUUACUGAUAAGGAAAUACCGUAACUGUCGUCAGGUCACGCCGGCCCAGAAUCAUCAUACGAUCGAUCAGACUGUGCAAGGCUUUACUACAAGAAAAAAAGCGAUGGAAAAUGGACGCUGUAUAACUAAGCUGGAAAACAUGGGGUUUCGAGUGGGACAAGGAUUGAUAGAAAGGUUUACAAAAGAUACUGCAAGGUUCAAGGAUGAGUUGGAUAUCAUGAAGUUCAUCUGUAAAGAUUUUUGGACUACAGUCUUCAAGAAACAAAUCGACAAUCUAAGGACAAAUCAUCAGGGCAUCUACGUACUUCAGGACAACAAAUUUCGCCUGCUUACUCAAAUGUCUGCAGGAAAACAGUAUUUAGAACAUGCAUCAAAGUACUUAGCAUUUACAUGUGGUUUAAUCAGAGGUGGCUUAUCAAACUUGGGGAUAAAAAGUAUUGUAACAGCAGAAGUAUCUUCAAUGCCUGCCUGUAAAUUUCAAGUGAUGAUACAGAAGCUAUAGAAACUACUGAAAUGCAAGGCUUCAAUAGUGUAAAGAGAUAAAUUAUUCCUGUAUAAAGUAUUUCAAGUAGCAAUGAUUUAAUUACAUUGUUGGACAUUUGUAUUGAUAUAAGCUAUUUGCUAAUUUAUAUAAUGAAAGAUGCACUCUUAAGCAGGAGUAAGGGUAUAUUUUAUCAAUUUAACACAGACCUUAAAACAGGUAAAGAGACAUUCUACUGUAACAUACACUUUACUGAAACUAUUCAGAAUGAAAACCUAAUUUCAAAUAAGUAAACACCAAUGCAGGACCCUUAUUUAAACAUUCUUAUUUGCUUAGAGUGAUAUGUAUUUAACCAGAGAUGAAGAAACAAAACUCAGGGUUUGGUAAAUUAGCAUAAAGAAAGUAUGUACCAAUCAGAAUCUUUUCGUUAAGAAUGAACAAAUUUUGGUUUUGUUUUAUGAAUUUGUUUUAGUUAUUUUAAAAAAGCAAAGAGUACACUAAAAUUUAAACUUUAUUAUUUUAUUGCUUAUAAUUUAUUUCUAUUAAGAAUCUUUAUGCUUGUAUAAGGAUUUCAUUAUAUACAUUGUGUGUUUUGUGUAUGAUAUAUAUAUCAUAUUUAACUGCCUAAAUUGCUUAAAAACUUUAUUUCACUUUAAUAGAAUUCAGUUCUUGAGAGCUCCAUUAAUGUAAUGAAGUGAAAUAUAGAUCAAGAUAAAGUGAGAUGUAGAUAUGAAUUCAGUGACUCCAGGGCCAAAGAAUAUUAAGUAUUUGAGGAAGGAAUUUUUAUACUUACUCCUGUCCUGUUACAGUCUUGACUUUCAAUUUCUCUCUCCAUGUGUGGAAGUGCUGGUGAAGAUUCUAACAUCUUUAUCUUUUUUUCCCCUUAUUUAGUCUUCCCCAAGGGCAUAGGGGUGGAUGAUUGGAUUAGUCACACCAACAUUCAUGGGACCAUAUCUUCUCAGUGGGUUGGGGUCAGUGCUCAUCUAGUGUAUCUCUCACCUCCUCUCCCAUCUGAUGACCAUGAAAGGACAAGCAUGGAGAUGAAAGCUAUCAUACUGAGGAUAGCAGGGUACACAGGCAGAAAGUACCUGAAUUGUGCUUCUGAAUUAACCAAUCCUGGAAUUGCUUCACCUCUGGACUUUUUGUUAUGUGAGAUAAUAAAUUCCUUAUAUUGUUCAAUC